GCUUCCGGUUUCAUUUCCUGGAAUCCUGCCAAAAUUUGCUUGUCAGUCUUUUUAAAGGGACACUGGAAGAGAAGGUAAAUGCCUGAGAGUUCUGCCCCAUACUCGCUGCUGGGAGCUGAAUCACCACAAGUUGCUGAUUUUUGGCUUUAUCGGUGUCUACGCAAACUCAGUGGUUUCCUGGCACAUGUUUUGGUUCUUGGGUUCACCAUAUUUCUAGUGAUACUUGCCCGUCCUGGAACCAGUCUCUUCUCUUGGCAUCCUGUCUUCAUGGCUGCUGCUUUUUCCCUGUGUAUGACUGAAGGUGUACUACUAUUGUCCCCAGAGAUGUCCCCUUUCUGCCUCCUCUCACGGAAGUCUAAGACUCGGCUGCAUUGGCUAGCACAGCUUUUUGCACUUGUUUGGGCAGGGACUGGCCUGGCCUUUAUUGUAUGCAGCAAGAAUCGUAGUGAGCAGCCACAUCUGACGUCAUGGCACAGCAUUAUAGGGGUUUUCACUUUAGGAGCCACAUGCUGCCAGGCUAUCUGUGGCCUGGUACUGUUAUGCCCCCACCUAUUCCAAGUUUUUAAAGUAACACGCUUUAAACUAUACCAUGCCACCUGUGGACUACUGGUGUAUGUACUGGCUACAUCCACUGUGCUUUUGGGUUUGUGCUCUGACUGGUUUCAAGCACAGAUCAAGGGACCUGCUUGGUACAUAUGCCUUGCUUUGCCUUUAUAUCCUGCUGUAGUUGUAAUGAACCAGAUACUAGAUAUUUACCUUCCUAAAAAGAAGGGGCUAAUGUGAUCUAUACUCCUGUUCAUAUACAUUUGUAUGAGGGAAGGCAAGAAAGACAAGAUCUGCAGAAUGACUUGAACAAAGAGAGCUUCUGUUAACACACAUUUUCCACUGCAUAUACUGGUGAGGUAUACGUAUAUAUGUAUGUAUGCAGUGCUGUUUUUAACCCUUCCAUAUUAUUUCUAAUUUUUAAAUGAUCAUUUCUUUUAUUUAAGGUAAAUAAUUAAUCAAAACCUAUAUCUCCCCUAUGAAAAAGUAUUUGCCCCCAAAACAUAACUGGUUGUGCCAACUCUUAGUGGCAACAACUUUCAAAUAUUUAACUGGCAAUGUGUCUUUUAAAUGGCUGUAGAGAAUUUUUGGCCCACCCUUCUUUGCAGAGUUAUAAUUCAGCCACAAUGAAGGAUUUUCAAGCAUGAACUGUCUUUUUAAGGUCAUGCCACAUCAUCUCAAUCUCAAGGAAUUUGCCUAGGCUGCCCCAAUUUUGAGGCGUUUAGAGGUGGACUUGCUUGUGUGCUUCAGAUUAUUGUCCUGCUGCAUAACCCAACUGUACUUGAGCUUUAGGUCCAAACUGAUUGGCAGACAUUCCCCUUCAGGAUUUUCUGGUAGAAUUAAUGGUUUCAUCCGUUAUGGCAAGUUGCCUUGGUCCCGAAGCUGGACCAGACUAUCACACUACCACCACGGUGUUUGACUGUUGAUAUGAUGUUCUUGUUGUGGAAUACUGUGUUAGCUUUACGACAGAUGUUACCGGACCCAUGUCUUCCAAGCACUUCCACCUUUGACCCGUCAGUUCCCUGAUUAUUAUCCCAAAAAUCUUGGAGGUUAGCAAGAUGCUUUUUGCCACAUGUAAGAUGAGUCUGUGUUCUUUCUGGUCAGUAGUAGUUUUCACCUCACAACUCUCCCGUGGAUGUCAUUUUCUUAUUGUGGAAUCGUGAACACUGACCUUAACUGGAGCAAGUAAAGCCUGUAGUUAUUUACGGUUAGUCUGCUGGCAAAUCAUGGGAAGGUUCACCACUGUUGUUUUCUCUAUUUGUAAAUAACGGCACUUAAUGUUGUUCGCUGAAGGCCCACAGCCUUAGAAAUGGCUUUGUAAAUCGUUUCAGACUGAUAAGUAUCAAUUAUAUCUGUUCUUGAAUUACUUUAGAUUGUAGCAUUGUGUGCUAUUUUUUGAGACCU